CUUUGUUUGUUUCACUCGUCAUCUCAGGAAGAAAUUGAAAUAUUCUCCUUUUUCAUUGCAUUGAGAUAACAUUUGAAAGGGACAAAAGAUGUUAAAAAAGUUAAUUUUAUUUGCUUUAGUAUUAUUUGGUGCCAUUGUUCUUGUAUCUAGCCAAACUAGAGAUGUAUCAAACUCAGAGAUACGCGAUACAAUUUUGUCGCUCGUACAAUCAUAUAGCUUAUUAGAUAACAAGUUAGAACGUCAUGAACAAAGAGAGCGUGCAUUAGGCGAACUUGUUAAAAAGGCAUUAUUAACAUUGCAAAAGAAUCAACGAAUGUUUGAACCAAUGAAAGGGACAUUUACACGUUUAGAUGAGAGAGUUAGUCAAAUUGAAACAAUGUUAUUAACGCAAGAAGAAAAUUCUAAAAACGACCAAGAAAAGUUGAGAGAAGCACUUGAAGGUAUUCUCGCUUUUAUGAAUAAUAAUGGUCGUGGUGGUAUUGAAGGAAGCUCUACUGCAGAUGAAUCUGAAGUUAUAAAGAAAAUCGACGAGCUAUCCGAGAAUGUUCGUGGUCUCCGAAUCACCCUUGCAGAAAUGCGUGCUGAACGAUCCUUUGCCGAGGAGAAUAGUAAACAAUUGGUGAAUAAAGCGGAGAAAUUAGUUGAAAGCCGACUUGCAUCGACCGAUGAGGUUAUUUCAAAAUUGGAAGAUAAAUUGUCCAAUUUCUAUGUUACAAGUCCAAAUGGCAAUGGAAAAGCAAGCAGUGAUUUUGAAAAUAUGGAAUCCACUCUUGCGAAAAUUAAUGAAAAAUUGGACAUGGUCAUUGAUAAAGAAUUCAUUCAUGGCUUGGCAAAUGAUACCUUAGAAGCAAUAACUGACAUGAGACUUGAAGUGCUGACGGCAUCAGAUAAAAGUUUCGUCAAAAAUGGAAAUCGUUUUAAAAGUAUUGAAACAAAGUUAGAUGAAAUUGUAAAACACAUUGACGAUUCAAGUGUGACUGCUGAAAGCUUUUAUUCCAAGUUUGACAAAGAAAAUGAAUUGUUGAAAGAGGAAAUCGCUAAUUUAUCAAAACUUGAGAAAGUAAUGGUUCAAACUGGAGAAAAUGUUUUGGAUGUGAAACGUCGCGUGGAAUUUGGAGUUCACCAAAUCCUGUUGGAAGUCAAUGACUUGAUAAAAGAAAACUCAAAUGACUUGGGUGCUAAUAUCAGUAAAAGAUUUGAUGAAAUUGAUGGCACAAUCAUGGCAAACAUUUCUAGCAAGAUUGAAACAGAAAUUAGCCAAGUUUGGCGUCAAAUUGGAAUCAUGUAUCAAGAAAUCUCGUCUAGUAAGGUAGCACUAGAUAAACUUCAACAGCAAACAGAGCUUUACGUAAAUGGAACAAUCACUACGAUGGACAGCAUGCAGGGCAAAGUUACUCUCAUCACAGGACGUAUGUCUGAAGUGGAUGACAACUUGAACUAUUUGUUGGGUCGUUUGUCUUUAGUCACACAAGAGUUUGGUUUAAUUAAAACUGGUCUAGGAGAUGCCCUACAAAGUAUUCGUAAUUCAUUUAAAGCGGUACAAGAGCAGGUUCAAGACAAAGGUCCGGGACCACAUAAUAUUCCAGAAGAUGAAACCGAAGGUAAUUCACUCGGGUAAAAAUAAGUCCAUGACUUUUUUUUUGCUUGAAAUUUUGUAAUUGUGCUUUGAAGUUAGCAAAAAAUUAAUCAAUAGAACUUAAAUAUUAAGUGUUCACUUCUUAGGGUAAGGAUCAUUCAACUUAUAAGCUUUUUUAAAUGUCGAUUACAGUCUGAAAACAACUGAAAUAGAAGAAGUAUCUAAGUAAAAUGAAACUACAAUAUAUUUUUUUUUAAUAUUUAAUUCAUUUUUUGUAUAACAUUUAUUUUUGUUUGUGUUUUAAUGUUUUAAUUUAAAAAAUAUACAUAUAAACAAUAUUUAGAAAUAAUUAUAUACAUAUAUUUAAAAGUGACAUGAAAACCCCCGUGUUAAUAAAGCGUUUUUGAAUGAUAGCAAUAAA